UAGGGGCUGUGUAUGCGGGAGAAGGAAGGGGUGGGAAUCUGAGGAGGAGACUAUAUUUUUAUUAUUAUUUUUAAUUUUUUAAAAAUAAUAUUUUCGCCGUACAAAGAGGACGCUCGGAAUUCACCGGCCUGACGGCUCCCGACAGGGACCCGGGAAUUGUGCGGCCGCUUUUCUUCACCUGCUCUUUUUUUUUUUUCCCCCGGUUUGUUUGUUUGUUUGUUUUGACUGGGGGCUUUUUAUUUUUAUUACUCUCGUUAUCCUUCCCCGCUGAGCAGCGGCAGCAGCAGCAAUAUGGCUGGUGAUGGGCUUUUUGGGGGGCGCUGGCGGCGGGAGGAGCUCUCGGAAGCCCCUGCGCGCCCGGCUCGCUGUUAGCUAUGGCAAAUGGCAGCGGCGGCGGCUCCUACCCGGGCGGCAGCGGCAGCGGCAUUAGAAUGAGUAACAAUAUCAACGCCAACAAUCUCAACACAGACUCGUCCUCCUCCCCCGUCAAUGUGCCCAAGAUGGAUGCGCUCAUCAUCCCGGUGACCAUGGAGGUGCCCUGCGAUAGCCGCGGACAGCGCAUGUGGUGGGCUUUCCUCGCCUCAUCCAUGGUUACUUUCUUUGGGGGACUGUUUAUCAUCCUGCUGUGGAGGACCCUCAAGUACCUGUGGACUGUCUGCUGCCACUGCGGGGUCAAAAACAAGGAGGCCCAGAAGAUCAAUGGUGGUGGAGAUACACAGGCAGAUGGAGCCUGCAAACCAACAGAUGAAAAAGAGGAGAAUGUGGCAGCAGAAGUGGGAUGGAUGACGUCUGUGAAGGAUUGGGCAGGAGUCAUGAUAUCUGCCCAGACAUUAACUGGCAGAGUACUUGUUGUCUUAGUCUUCGCUCUUAGUAUUGGUGCUCUUGUAAUAUACUUCAUAGAUUCAUCAAACCCAAUAGAAUCCUGCCAGAAUUUCUACAAAGAUUUCACAUUACAGAUCGACAUGGCUUUCAAUGUGUUCUUCCUACUCUACUUCGGCUUGCGUUUUAUAGCAGCCAAUGACAAGCUAUGGUUUUGGCUAGAAGUUAACUCAGUGGUAGAUUUCUUCACAGUCCCUCCAGUAUUUGUGUCAGUAUAUUUAAACAGAAGUUGGCUUGGUUUAAGAUUUUUAAGAGCCCUUAGACUGAUACAGUUUUCAGAAAUCUUGCAGUUUCUGAAUAUACUUAAAACAAGUAAUUCCAUCAAGCUGGUGAAUCUGUGCUCUAUAUUUAUCAGCACGUGGCUGACGGCAGCUGGGUUCAUACAUUUGGUGGAGAACUCAGGGGAUCCAUGGGAAAAUUUCCAAAAUAAUCAACCGCUGACAUAUUGGGAAUGUGUUUAUUUGCUGAUGGUUACAAUGUCCACUGUUGGCUAUGGAGAUGUUUAUGCAAAAACAACCCUUGGUCGCCUUUUCAUGGUCUUCUUCAUCCUUGGGGGAUUGGCCAUGUUUGCCAGCUACGUCCCUGAAAUCAUAGAGUUAAUAGGAAACCGCAAGAAAUAUGGUGGUUCCUAUAGUGCGGUUAGUGGAAGAAAGCACAUAGUUGUCUGUGGUCACAUAACACUUGAAAGUGUGUCGAACUUCCUGAAGGACUUCCUGCACAAGGAUAGGGAUGAUGUCAAUGUAGAAAUCGUCUUUCUGCAUAAUAUCUCCCCUAACCUUGAGCUGGAAGCUCUUUUUAAACGACACUUCACUCAGGUGGAAUUUUAUCAGGGUUCAGUCCUUAAUCCCCAUGACCUGGCGAGAGUGAAGAUAGAGUCAGCAGAUGCGUGCCUAAUCCUUGCCAAUAAAUACUGCGCUGACCCAGAUGCUGAAGAUGCCUCCAAUAUUAUGAGAGUUAUUUCCAUAAAGAAUUACCAUCCGAAGAUAAGAAUUAUCACUCAGAUGUUGCAGUACCACAAUAAGGCCCAUCUACUAAAUAUCCCAAGCUGGAACUGGAAAGAAGGGGAUGAUGCAAUCUGUCUUGCUGAGCUGAAGCUGGGUUUCAUAGCCCAGAGCUGCCUGGCCCCGGGCCUUUCAACAAUGUUAGCCAACCUCUUCUCCAUGAGGUCGUUCAUAAAGAUUGAGGAGGAUACAUGGCAGAAAUACUACCUUGAAGGAGUUGCAAAUGAAAUGUAUACCGAAUAUCUGUCUAGUGCCUUUGUGGGUUUGUCCUUCCCUGCAGUUUGUGAACUGGUGUUUGCGAAACUCAAGCUCUUAAUGAUAGCCAUAGAAUACAAGUCGGAAAAACGCGAAAGCAGUAUAUUAAUCAAUCCUGGAAACCACGUCAAGAUUCAAGAAGGUACCUUAGGAUUCUUCAUUGCAAGUGAUGCCAAAGAAGUAAAAAGGGCAUAUUUUUACUGCAAGGCCUGUCAUGAUGAUAUCACGGAUCCCAAAAGGAUAAAAAAAUGUGGCUGCAAACGGCUAGCCACAAGGAGAGCAAAGCACAUGGAAAGCAUGCCUGAUGUGGAAGGAAUGUAUGCCUUGCCUAACAUAUUGGAAAAAAAUUGUUCAAGAACAGUUUAUCCAUGUGAGAAUGUGACCUUUGAACUGCUGCCAAAGCCAAUGAGUCUGCUGAUUGAAGAUGAGCAGCCGUCGACACUAUCACCCAAAAAAAAGCAGCGAAAUGGAGGCAUGCGAAAUUCACCCAACUCCUCACCCAAACUGAUGAGGCAUGACCCCUUGUUAAUUCCUGGCAACGAGCAGAUUGACAAUAUGGAUGCCAACGUGAAAAAAUACGACUCCACAGGGAUGUUUCAUUGGUGUCCAGCCAAAGACAUCGAAAAGGUCAUUUUGACUCGAAGCGAAGCAGCGAUGACAGUUUUAAGUGGGCAUGUAGUCGUUUGCAUAUUUGGGGAUGUUAAAUCUGCUUUGAUUGGAUUAAGAAAUUUAGUGAUGCCAUUACGAGCCAGCAACUUUCACUACCAUGAACUCAAGCACAUUGUGUUUGUGGGUUCACUUGAAUACCUGAGAAGGGAAUGGGAGACACUGCAUAACUUCCCCAAGGUUUCAAUCUUGCCUGGUACGCCAUUAAGUCGGGCUGAUUUAAGGGCUGUCAACAUCAACCUCUGCGACAUGUGCGUUAUCCUGUCAGCCAAUCAGAAUAAUAUUGAUGAUGCUUCGCUGCAGGACAAGGAAUGCAUCUUGGCGUCACUCAACAUCAAAUCUAUGCAGUUUGAUGACAGCAUUGGGGUCUUGCAGGCUAAUUCCCAAGGCUUUACACCCCCUGGGAUGGAUAGGACAUCUCCAGACAACAGUCCAGUCCAUGGCCUUUUACGUCAACCCUCCAUUACAACAGGAGCCAACAUCCCUAUUAUAACAGAGCUAGUAAAUGAUUCAAAUGUUCAGUUCUUGGACCAAGACGACGAUGAUGAUCCCGACACAGAACUGUACCUCACGCAGCCCUUCGCAUGUGGAACCGCGUUUGCUGUCAGCGUGCUGGACUCUCUCAUGAGUGCAACAUACUUCAAUGACAAUAUCCUCACACUGAUACGGACAUUGGUAACAGGAGGAGCCACACCAGAGCUGGAAGCACUGAUUGCUGAGGAAAAUGCAUUGAGAGGAGGUUACAGCACGCCCCAGACACUUGCAAACAGGGACAGGUGUCGAGUUGCUCAGUUGGCUUUGUAUGAUGGGCCGUUUGCAGACCUAGGGGAUGGAGGUUGUUAUGGAGAUCUAUUUUGUAAAGCACUGAAAACAUACAAUAUGCUUUGCUUUGGAAUUUAUCGAUUAAGGGAUGCACAUCUAAGUACUCCCAGCCAAUGCACUAAACGUUAUGUUAUCACAAACCCACCGUAUGAAUUUGAGCUUGUGCCGACGGACUUGAUCUUCUGUCUGAUGCAAUUUGACCACAACGCUGGCCAGUCCCGAGCCAGCCUUUCUCAUUCCUCCCAUUCCUCCUAUUCUUCCAGCAAGAAGAGCUCAUCAGUUCACUCUAUCCCAUCAACAGCAAACCGACCGAACCGCACCAAGACCAGGGAUUCCCGGGACAAACAGAAGUAUGUGCAGGAGGAUAGACUUUGAUAUGUGUAUCUGCUCCCACUGUGUGUGAGACUUGCAUUCACCACCCAUUCUCCCCAGUUAAUGUUUCCAGCAGUAAUGUUCCCUGUUUUCCCAUGGAGUUCUCCCUUUCUGUACACAUAUUUUGCAUAUGUAUGACAGUGUGCAUGUGACUGUCAUUUUUAUUUCACCACCAUAAAACCCUUAAGCACAACAGCAACAAAGCAGACGGACCAAAAGUUAUUUAUGAUGCUAGGGGAGAAUAAAAAAAGAAUUCCAAACCCAUAGGCACACUGAAAACAUAAAUAACUCACUGCAGUUACUCUACAUAUCCGAAAAUAGAGUAUAUUUAACAUGAACACUUGCUCUUGAUGUCAGAGUUACACAAAGAAAGUCAUUUAGUGCAGAAGUGUUGAUGUAUGUUGCAGUAGGUUUUUUUAAUACUCAUAUUUACAGGAGCUGAUACAUUUAUUUGAAGCUUAUAAAACUCUCCUAUUGAAAAACAAAAACAAAAAAAUGCUGCAAAAAAAAAAAAUCCCUGCUGAUUUUUCACUCUCAAAGCUUAUAUUAUAUAGGGCUUACACUUGUUGUAUAGAUUAUUGUAUAGAUUAUUGCUACACAUCUGCUUUAUACCAAAGCAAUAUCAGGGACUUUUCUGCUUGUUUAAGAGCUUUCUCUAAAAUACUAGUCUUUUGGAGAUGGUGUAUUUUCCCUUUAACAGUGAAAUUGUCUGGGCAUGAAGUUGUAAAACUCCAAUGGUUUAAUUUAAGUUUAGAAAGAGUCUAAUUGCAUAUUAAAUUAUUAUUCUGUCUAUUUAUAUUGCCACAUGAAUAGCUAUAUUUUCCUUCACUUUUGACAUUUGGGAUAAAAAGCCAUAUGUAUCAUAAAUAUUGGAUGUAAGUCAUUAAAAACUGCCUUCUUGGGACUUUUAUGUCUUUAAAAGGUGAAUUAGUCACCUUAUGUACAGAAUAAAUAAUGUUCAGAAAAGAGCAAGCAUUUUUCUGUGCUUACAUAUCAGAUCUCAAAGGACUUUGUUCCUUUCCCCAGAUGGUAGUUUAACUUUUCCAAGUUAGUGUUGGUAUAAAUCUUCCAACAAGAGUCCUAACAUGCGAAGAACCUCCAGAAAUCUUGCUGCAUGUUCUACCUGUUUUUUUCAACAGGUGCGUGCCAGUAUGCAGGAAUACAGGGAAGACAACUGAGUGCCUUUAAAUCUCUCCCAUUUGGGGAGGAAAGGUGCUGUGCCCCAGACUGUUAAUGAGGAGAACAAGAGGGCUGGGUUGGAAAUAUUCACCGUGCUGAGGCGUCAUGAGUGCACUUGCCAGAACUUAGUUCUUGCAAAUUGUCACCAAUGACACACGUAGCCAAAAAAAGUUGUGGCAGGGAACUAAAUAAAGUAGUGGAAAGGAACCUGCCCUAGACAGCCAUAGAAAUGAUACUUCAGGCUUGCUUUUACUUUUUUUUUUGCUUAGUUUAAACUUCAGAAGCCAAUGUAUAUUUUGAAAUACACAGCUAGCUCUAGGUUUAUGGAGGGUUUCCAAGGGUAGGGAGGGCAGCAACACAUACCCUCUUCCCUGGCUAUGCAGCAAGAAAGCAUGCAGACAGAAAAAAAUACUUAGAUUUGGAAUGAUCAGCAUUGUAACUGCCAACCCAAUCAAGGUGCUUUUAUGGUUAGUUUGUCUUCUACCUUCCCCUUCCCCGAGCAUGAUAAUUUUGAAGAUUUGCUUGCUGUGUGAAUUGACAAUAAAGCCAAGCACUUUUACUGACAAAACCUGGAACCAUGUAAGUGGGCUACAGAGAGUACCACUGUGCAGUGCUGAGCAUGAUGAUUGGAAUUCCGAAUACGUGUGUGAGUGUGCGCUCAAACGCAGCCGCGGUCCGAUCGCCGAAACGCGCCGCAAACCGCGGCUGCUCCCCUGCAAACGAGACUAUUGCAGUCGCUCCUCGUCAUAAAGAAAAAUUCUGUUCCUUUUUGCAAAGAAAGUUAUCAUGUUUUGCCCUGAGAAUAUUUAUUACUACAAGGAUGUGCCAGUUAAAGUGCUCAACCAGAAAUAUGACAGUUUAAAAGCAUUGUAAAACUUACAUAGCUUACUUCUUUUUCUAAAGUGCAACAAGGAUGAAUAGAAUGGGCCAAGGUAUGAAAAUUAAUGGUUCUGCAUGACCUAGCAACUGCUGUGGGUUUCCCUCUAUAACUUUGUCCUUGUGAAAACUUGUGACAUUAAAAAAAAAUAGUUACCAACUUUA